GCAGCGCAUUGUCUCCCCAGGCCAGGUGCAGUGCCAGGGUCCUUGCUUUCACACGGUGGCCUUGGGAUGCUGUUGUAUCAGCUCUGUCCAUCUCCUCAGGACAAGCUCAGAGACCUAGUGAUGGCUGUCCAGCAGCUCCUUCCUGGUGGGCUCCAGGUCUUGGUUUCCUUUGAGGAUGUGGCUGUGCUCCUCUCCCGGGAGGAGUGGGGCCGUCUGGGCCCCACUCAGAGGGGCCUCUACAGGGAUGUGAUGUUGGAGACCUACGGGAACCUGGUCUCACUGGGACUUUGAGGUUCCAAACCUGAUGUCAUCUCCAGGCUGGAGCAGGGGGAGGAGCCGUGGACCCCACGCUCACUGAGAAUUGUGGGGAGCUGGAGCUGGAGGCACAAGAGUGAAGGCCUUGCUGGCUAGCUCUGCCUUGGCUGCUUGGGAACACCACUUGGAGAGAUAUCCUCCUGCCAAGUCUGUCAGUCCUGCCAAA